CCGCGUCAGUGCAUCGCCUGCCCCCAGAGCCGCCAGCCGCCGUUGCGUCGCUGCGUCCGUGUGGCUGUCGCUCCGUCCGUCCGGUCCCCGCGUAGCAGAGCGCCCCCUGCCGAACGCCUAGCCCGCCUAGCCUGACCCCGGGACUGGGAACUGGCUGGACUCUCCCAGCCCUAAGUCGGCGCGUGUCCGUGGAGUGCCACUGGGAUUACCUCGCCCGGACGACGCCGAAGCCCAACCACAACAACAGCACGCCGUCGGCCCGCCUGACUUAACCAUGGGGAAAGGCAAGAUGCACAACAAGUGAGUCGGCAUGGCGGGGAGCGCGUCCAGCCCUUCGGCCAGCCCUACGGUCAGCCCGGACCGCUGGACCGACACGUCGCGUUCUCUGCACCGGUCGUCGUCGAGCGCGGCUAGGAAGGCGCAGCAAGCCGAGCUGGCCCGCCAGGCCCGCCAGGCGGCAAUGGCCCACCAGGCCCACCAGGCCGCCCUGGCCCACCAGCAGAGCGAGAGCGAGCAGAGCCACCAGCCGACCCUGCCGCGUCUGCCGACAAGGGCCCCCAGACCGUCCAAAGCCCACCGGCAUCGCAAUUAUGACGAUGAGAACAGUUGGGCGUGUGGGAACUGGUUCGAGUUCCUGCUGGUGGUGGCGCUCGCCAUCAUCCUGCUCAUCGGUGCCCUGGUGCUCGUGCUCUUCUGGGUGCUGUACUACCGAGGUGGCUUCGCCUGGAACGAGAACCCGACCCUGGAGUUCAAUCUGCACCCGGUGCUCAUGAUCGCCGGCUUCAUCACCUUCAGCGGUUUCUCCAUGCUGCUGUACCGCGUGGGCCGCUGCUGCCGCCGCAUCUACGUCAAGCUGUUCCACACCAUCUUCCACGCCCUGGCCGUCCCCUGUGUGGUGGUGGGCUUCAUCGCCGUCCUGGACUCCCACAACCUGGCCAACCCUCCGAUCCGCAACUUCUAUUCCUUGCACAGCUGGAUGGGCUUCGUGACCAUGGGCCUGUUUGCUCUUCAGUUUGUCGUGGGCUUCUUCAGCUUCCUCAUCCUGCUGUGCUGUGAGAAUGCUACUGCCGGAUUCCGUGCCUCCCUGGUCCCAAUCCAUGCCACCUUUGGAAUCCUUACAUUCAUGCUUGCCGUUGCCACCUGCCUCACCGGACUGACAGAGAAGACCAUCUUUACUCUUGGUGACAAAUAUUCCAGCCUGCCAGAAGAGGCUUUCAUUCUAAAUGCUCUUGCUAUGGUGUUGGUGGGUUUGGCCAUCCUGCUGGUCUAUGCUGUACGCCGUGAGACUUUCCGUGUCCGAAUCGCCAAUAUCAUCUCGCAGAGACUAUAGGACAGGAUUGAGCCGCCUCCAGAAGAGCCUGAGCGCUUCUGAAGACAUCCAUGAAUGCUAUGACAGGGCACAGAAAAUGUCCUGUAGCGGCCAGGACGCCCUGAUCUUAGCAUCAAACCCUUGUGUUCACAACAAAGUGGAACAUUUGCGUCUUGUACAAAAAGAAACAUAACUGCAACGAUGAAACAAAAAUAUCAUGCACUCUUAAGAUGUAGGGGCCAAAUAAGAAAUGUUUACAAGACUGAUGAAAUGAGAGAAUGUUGGGUUGCAAUAUAGCACAUUCAGAGGGUACGAAGUGCACAUAAGAUGAUGAGCAAAUGAAUUUCAGGUAAAGAUGGCAUCGUUACAUCAGCAAGUUUUCUCUACAUUUAGAGUGUUUGUAAGCAGUAAUUAUGACAAGACAGCUGUGUGUCCAAGUUUUCCCUACCAAGACUUAGUGUCCUAAAUAUACAGCCCCAUGAUUUGCCAAAAUAACAUCAUAAAUUGUGUUCACAUGACAGGACAGAAAACAAAUGUGAUGUUAAGGGACACAUGAAGCUUUAUGCUUCAUAGACUCCUUUUUAUAAAGUGUUUCUUUUCUAAGGCUUGGUUUCACAUUUGAAAAUCCUAUGGAGUUUGCUAGAGUAUUUACAUGUGGCUGCACAAACUUGGUUUCUUGUGUCAGCUCACAUUAUUAUGCUUUCUCAUUGAGUAUGUGUAGUAACAUGAAUCUCCAUUCAUUCAUUACCAUUAGAGAUUUUAUUUAAAUUAUAUUCAUCAUUCAUUUGAAACAUUUUAAUUUCUAGCUAAUCUUAUCUCUAAGCUUACUUCAAAACAACCAGCUGAGGUAGAGGUUUUAAAAAUAUUAAUUUUUAUGAAAUAUGCUGUUUGCAUGUAGGAACUGAAGUCACAUUAAAUGUGGUCUGCUGUAGGCCAAUGGUAAUUGUUUCUGAAGAAAAGUAGGGUACUUAAACUACUCAAGUUAAGAGUUGUGGAAUCUUCAAAUCUCUUUGUCUGCUGAUCCACUAAAUUAUAAAUGCUCAACAGUUUUUGAAAACUUUGCACUAAUUGUAAAUUGAUGGCUCAACAUUUCAAACUUGCAUUAUUUUAGUUGUUAGAGCUAGAUCUAGCUAAUAGUUUUUCUUCACAUUUUUAAACAUUAAUUUUCUCUCUGAAAUAUCAAUCUGCUGUUAAUUUAAGUGAAACAUUUGAGUAAAUUAAUGGCAGGGGAUUCCCUCUUAUAAUUUUUUAUCCCAUUGAUGUUUGCAAUGCAUGAAACCAUCCCUGGUCUCAUGUUGUUCGCAUAGAUAAUUUCAAGCUCUUUUUUGUUUGGGCUGACCAAUGUCUGUUGUAAGCAAGUAGAAUCCCCCAUAGAAAAACAUUUCAACUUAGGUAAGGGAUUUUGCUGUGCAAUUCUACCUUUCAAGGGACAAUCAGCUGUAUUAUCCACUUAUGUUCUGCUACGUUCAUUCUUCUGUAAAUAGUAGUUCUGAUUGUGCAUUAUGUGAUGUAAAAAGAUUAUUUAAAAAUAUAGAAAAAUUUAGAAAACCCAAUGGUGCUAUGCCUGCUCUCCUCUGAGAAUAGAAUGUAGAUGUAAAUCAUCUAUCAAAACCUUUCUUAUGUUCAUUUGUUAGAAAUGUGACUUUUAAUGGAUUUCCAACAGUCAUUAAAGCUACACUGUCCCAUAUAUGCAACAUUUUGACUUCUGGAAAUGUAUAAUUUACAUUGGAUUCAAUCAAAAGAAAAGCAAUUCUCUCUCUUU